UCGAAACAGUACGAGACAUGGCUAGAGAUGGCGAGGGACACGAUCAGACUGCGAUCACGGCUGCUGAUGCUCUUUUAGGCAAACGGGGGCCUUAAAGCCAUACCAGACUAAGGACACCAACAACCAUAGCAACAAUUCCAACAAAGCUUUGCAAUAGAAACCAAAUCUCGCUUGGCGAAUGUGAAGACUUCUUUGGACAAUCCUCAAACAGAUCAGAUAGAUGUGUUGUCCACAAGCUUGCACGAAUAGUAAUGAAUGCUCAGCUGACGAUGGAGAAUAUUGGCGAUCUGCACGGGGUGAGUCAUGAGCAGGUGCCAACUACGGCUGAUUUGAUGAACAGUAACAGCCCUCAUCACAGAAGCUCCGUAGCCCAUCGCAGCAACCACUUGUCAGCCCACUCUCGCUCCAUGGGCAUGGCAUCCAUCCUUGACGGCAGCGACUAUCAUCACCAUCGGCCACCCGACCACGCUUUAACGGGACACCUGCACCCCGCCAUGACCAUGGCUUGUGAGGCGCCCCCGGGAAUGAGCAUGAGCAGCACCUACACCACUUUAACCCCUUUGCAGCCGCUACCUCCCAUCUCGACGGUCUCGGACAAGUUUCCUCAUCACCACCACCACCAUCAUCACCAUCAUCACCCCCACCAGCGCAUACCGGGAAAUGUGAGCGGCAGCUUCACCCUGAUGAGGGACGAUAGAGGUCUGGCUUCUAUGAACAAUCUUUAUGCUCCAUACCACAAGGAUGUCACCAGCAUGGGACAAAGCCUCUCUCCCUUGUCGGGGUCAGGGCUGGGAGCCAUUCACAACUCCCAGCAAGGUCUGCCUCCUUACGCUCAACCUGGCGCUACCAUGCCCAGCGAGAAGAUGCUGACACCAAACGGAUUUGAAGCCCACCACCCUGCUAUGCUGGCCAGGCACGGUGAUCAGCACAUGACAGCUUCCUCGGCUGGCAUGGUGCAAAUCAACGGGAUUCAUCACCAUCCCCAUGCCCAUCUCAAUGCCCAGAGCCACGGUCAGGUUUUAGGCUCCACCAGGGAACAAAAUUCAUCAUCAGUGCCUGGAUCGCAGGUCAAUAACGGAAACAAUUCAGGACAAAUUGAAGAAAUUAAUACCAAAGAAGUAGCCCAGAGGAUCACCACCGAGCUUAAAAGGUACAGCAUCCCGCAGGCCAUUUUCGCUCAGAGGGUGCUGUGUCGAUCGCAGGGGACCCUCUCUGACUUGCUAAGGAACCCCAAACCUUGGAGCAAGCUAAAAUCAGGCCGGGAGACUUUCAGAAGAAUGUGGAAGUGGCUCCAGGAGCCGGAAUUCCAGCGAAUGUCUGCUCUCAGGCUUGCAGCUUGCAAGAGAAAAGAACAAGAACAUGGCAAAGGAGACAGGGGAAGCGUGACCAAAAAACCCAGGUUGGUCUUCACAGAUGUCCAGCGUCGAACUCUCCAUGCAAUAUUCAAGGAAAACAAGCGUCCGUCCAAAGAAUUGCAAAUAACCAUUUCCCAGCAGCUGGGUUUGGAGCUCACCACUGUCAGCAACUUCUUCAUGAACGCCCGAAGGCGAAGCCUGGAUAAGUGGCAAGACGAUGGCAGUUCUAACUCAGCUAAUUCAUCUUCAUCAAGCACUUGUACCAAAGCAUGAAGGAAUAACCAUGAACUGAGCCUCGGUGGAAAAGCUUUAAAAAUUAAAAAAAAAAAAACAAACUAAAAAUGAAUGAAACAAAGAAAGACAAACCAGGACCUCAAGAUAGCAGGUUGAUCCUUUUAAACUGUUUUCAAAUAAAAAAAAGACAAUAUGAUAUUUAUAAUAUCCAAAGAAAAACCAAAGACUUCUUCCACCUGCAUUAAGACUUUGUUCUGCAACACACUUUAAUAGGAUUUCUUGCAAAAAAGACACUGGUCGUACACCUUCAUAUUCAUCAUCAUCAUCAUCAUCCCUCAACGUAUUUGGCUGUUAUGGCGGUCUGCAGCAUUGUGGUUCUCGUAAUUGAAUGGACAUUAUCCCAAAAUAUGAGCCAUUUUCUUUUUGUUUCAAAAAUGCCAUGAAGGUGUAUGAUGUUGAAAACAAUAUAUAUAUAUAUAUAUAUAUAUAUAUAUUUACAUAUAGUUUAUAUGUAUGUAUGUAUAUAUAUAUAUAUAUAUAUAUAUAUAUAUAGACACAUAGUGUGUGUACCAUAGGUCAGAGACAUUGUCAGGACAGGACAAUGAAAUGGGUUGUGCCUCAGUAUGGCUCGAAUGUUUGUGGGAUCGUCUAUUCGAUUCCCGUCUGUCAGGACUUGAACCCCGAAAGCUCCGAGAUUUCUUUGACUUUUCCGUUCAGUCCUGUCAGGGCCAUUUUUAACCGACAUCCGACACAGCAGUGCUUUCUCCCUAUUUGUAAAAGGGGUUUGUAUCCAGACCAAAAAGAAAGAAAGAAGGAAAAAAAAAACAAAAAACAAAAAGUAAAAAUAACUUUUUAAUACUAUAGCAUACCAAAGAAAGACAAAAAAAAAGUUAUUUUUAAAGCAGAAAAUCCAAAGAUUAUUUUUUAUGGAAUACUUGUAUUGAAUUUUUUUUGUGUGUCGUUUCUUAAUCGUAAAACAGCAACCAUCCAGCUCUCCACUGUAAUAACUUGAUAGCAGUUGUCUCACAUUCAGCCAACUAAGUAUACAGGGGUUCAAAUAAAGGCGUUAUAUAGAAGGGGGGCUAAGAAUGAAACCCCUUCGUAAAGGCAUUAAAAUCAAAUUUUAAAUGCCGACACAAUAGAAAUAUAUUAUAUAUACACAUGUAUUAAAAUAAGCUGCCUUUUCUGCCGAAAUGUGGCAUGUUGUAAUAUCGGAUAUCUCGGUAAAUGGGAUAGAAGUUCUAUGCAUGCACAUUCAUAAAGAAGAAGACGACGUUCAGGUUGGGGGGGGGGGGGUCUCCUCUGUGACAGUUUAGCACCCCCCCCCCCCCCCCCCCAACAUCCAGGGUUGGUUCUUACCUUAUAUCUGACGGUGUAUCAGAAAAGUCGGUUAAAAACCAGACGACUAACGAUAAUUAAUUUUACGUAAUUCUGGAAUUUACAAUGCCUCCAUAGUGUAUCCAAGUGUGCUUUUCAGUUUAAAGCCUGUCAUUUCAACAUACUUAAAAUGUCAGACACUGAUAACAGCAAUACAUCACACCGUCUUUGUUUAACAUUUCCAACGACUCCUUUCUAGUCUAGUAAUUUCCUUUAUUUGCUGUUUACUGUAAUAUGUGUGAGAGUACCAAAACAGCUCGUUUUUCCAUUUUAUCUUAAUAAGUUACUUUCUUUUUUUGAUGUUUUUUCCGCGCUACGUAAUAAUUUCAGGGAUCUUAAGGCACUAUGUUGAUUCUUAUUUCUAUAUAUAAAUUUAUUAUGUGUAUAUUGUAAACUACUAUGUAAUACCAGCUGCUAAUGACCAAAGAGAUCUAACUUACCAGCACUGCAUUUCUUCUUUUCUUUCUUUCUUUUUUCUUUUUUUUGGUCUGGAUAAAAGUGAUUCAUUACCUGAAAGCUUUCAAAAUAUCUCCUCCAUUCAGUUCAUCCCCAUUUCUGCUUCUCUUCCACUUCUACUGAUAGGAAUUCCUGUCGGUCCACAUCAAGUCAUUUUCUUGGUCCUUCAAGCCUCUUCCAUCAUCAGAUCCUGUCAAAGCUGCCUGAAUUCGCUGACGGUGAAACAGUCCGUGUUGCUUUAAAGCAAAAGAAAGAUGAGUGGAUUUCCGAUUUCUUAAUCACGUGAAGUUGAAAUCUGUUUCUGUUACUUGAGUACAGCAAAACGCGUAUCUUCCAAAAUGUUCGUAAAGGUCUUGCUUGAUUAUACGGAAAAGUCAUUUCAGAAUGAAAGUUGCAUAUUUUUUUUAGCCACUACAGGUAAGGUCUCCGUAUUCACGGGGGUUACGUGUCAAUACCACCCACGAAGAUUAUAACUCUCACUUAAAUAUGCAAUUUGAAAUGUUUUUCACGAAUCGAAUCCUGCUAGCGUAGUUAAAGGAGAUACGAGAUCUUUAACAAAUACGUAAAAGAGAUUUACUUCUGUAAUUAAUAGAUACAAUAAUCAUUUUAAUACAACUUAACGCUCUUAACAAUUACCAUUUAAAUGAACAGAGGAAAAAAUAAAACCUCUCACCAGGUUGAUUGCUUGCUGUAGGAGCUUCUGUUUCUGUAGAAGAAGAAGAAGGAUCAGGCGAGGUUGAGAUUUCACGCUGUGCGGUUGGCGUAUUUUUACAUUUCAAAAACAUCACGACAGGAACUUGAUUUUUCUUUUUGUUUAAUGCGUUCAACCAAGCUGUAAACGGUGUUCAAAUGUCUUCAAGAUUCUCAGAUUACGUUUACGUCAAAUUCAUAGAAGAACUACGCAAAGGCUUUUUGGCGUCACGUAAUGCUGUGGCCAGGUUCUUCCAACCUAACCUUCAUUUGAUUCGUGCUGUUGCAGCGUUUGGACUGAGGAAGUGACGUCAACUUGCCGCAAAUUCUUGGAAUCCGCGAAUAUGGAGACCUUAUCGUAUGUUAUGUGCAAUUCUGUUAAUUUUCAUAUUGUGUCAUUCUCGGUAGUCCAGUGCACAACGGUUCUCAAAUACAAAAACGAGAGCGCAUAUCUCGAAAAAAGACUAAUCUAAUCUAUUUCAUGUGAUAUUCAUUUUUAAAGAUGAUUUGAGAUGUUAUGCCAAGGGAGAAAAAAAUUAUAAUUGAUAAUUAAAAUUCUUCCACUGCAAAAUUUUAAGAUUUAAAACCUUCAGUCUCUUACCAAUAUUUCAAAAUGGACCCUUAGACUAAAAUUAUUGCAAAAAGAAUGACUAAAAGUGUAAUAUAUUUAUUUAUGUAAUCACAUUUACUGUGAAAAGAUGAGCUUUAAUCGCCACAGAUUUUCGACUAAACUUCAACAGAAGUUAGUGGUGUUCGAUAUUCCAGACUAAAUCAGAAAUACUAAGUUGAACCUUUUCUGUUUAUUUGACUUCUCAAUGUACAAAGCCGCUCUUGUUCUUGCUGCGAAAUCUAACCGUGUCCGCUCAAAGAUCUCUGACUCUCGUCGCCUUGUCACGUUGUCAAAAAACGAGCACUGAAUGUAAACUUGAUCCGCGUCUCAGACAACUUCGGAGAUUCAAGUCAUCUGCAAUAAGUCAACGUUUAAGAUCUAACCAGUCGAUUGGUAAUUGGAUAUGUACAUUUUAAAUAAAAUGAGAUUUGUAGCACUCAUUCUGUUUUGGUUCAUCAUCAGGAGAGCAGAAGUAGUAAAGAUGAAAAUUACAAAUUAAUGAAUCCGUAUCACCACAGAAAAAUCAACGACUUUAAGCUUUGUAAAGCAUAAUAAUUGUGAGUAACAAAAAAAAUGUCGACAUUUUGUUGUGGUUUUGAUUUUUUUUUUUUUUGUUUGUUUUUUUCUUGCAUCAUGUGCAAUAUAACUGUUAAGUUAAUCAUUGACUGAUCUUCUCCAUCAUCACAUACCAUCCCAUGCAUGCCAUGAGUUCCGAGUGCAGGACGGUUUAACACGCCCUUCUCCCUGUUCAUGUUGCCUCCCCAUAUAAUGCAUGCCGUACUACUACUACUAACUACUGCCCACCAUCAUGAGGGAGGGUGGGACUGGCGACACAUGGAAACUAUGCAUUUUAACAAAUAUGAAGAAAGCACUAUGUAGGCCGAUCUCAUUUUCUGACCAGGUGCAUUUGGGACGCGGAUGGUCUGCUGAAUGGAUGGCGGUCCACAUUUUGACCACUUUUCUGGCCUUGUUGUUUCUUGUGGUGUGGUUAGCUUUACAAAUAUAUUUGGUAACCAUUUACAUGUAUAUGACGAAGAAGCAAAGUUAAGAAGUACCUGCUUCCAUGUGUAAAAAAAAAAAAAAAAAAUGUUUAAAGAUCUACUAUUUAUAGUGUGAACCAAAGACGCUACCUCACUCGAUUUCCAUUCGUGAUUUUAAUCACAUUGAUGAUACCAAAGAAUACCAAAGAUUUUUUUCCUGCACGGCCUUCAUGAAUGAGGUGAUGGAUGCUUGGCCUCUUUUCUCGUUGUCCCUUCACGCCACCCAAAACACCCGUCUACCCGAUGCCCACCCCCACCACCCCCCAACACUGUAACCCCUGGUCCUCACUCAGUGUAACCUCUAUUCAUCAAAAGAAAAAAAUAAACAAUAAAGCUAUAGGCGAACAUAUUGCAAACUUUGUAAAACUCACAGGACGAGUGCCUUGCUUGAACCAAAGUGUUAAACCGCUGUUGACCUCUACGAUCUCACCUUAUAGAACUCUUCGAAUACCUCAGCCUCUAGAAAGGCCACUAUUAAAGAAGAAGAAGAAGAAGAAGAAGAAGAAGAAAAAAAAAAGGAAUAAUUUUUUUUUUCACCGUGGUGCUUUUUUCCAGUGCAACCAUGCAAUGAAAAAAAAACAUUCUUUGAUACCAAAGGAAAUUUCUUUCCACUUUUUUUGCUGACAAACCAAAGCUCUUCUUUUCCCCUCCACCUCUGACCCCACUUCUGUGUACCACCUCUUGACAUCUCUGACAUGCAGGUCGUGCAUUUCUUUUACCAAUUUCUCCGAAUACCUCAUAGUAAUAAAUCUUUAGGGUUAUGUUGUAUAGAGAGUCUAUGUGAUUAAGGCAGAACUUAACUAGUUUGAUAAUUGUUAACAUGACUUAACAAAAAAAAAAAAAGACAAAAAAAGCUUUAUAAUUAUUUAUUUUGUAGAUUUGGCAGAACUGCUCUUU